UCUUGGCUGGAAUUCAGACAAGAUAAUUAGAGAUCACAAAUUGUAGGUAAAGUGUAAUUCAAAUUAACUGCACGUCAGAAUGGCGCUGGAACAGCAGACGGCUCCCUCGCUGCACCUAGACAGCCAGAGCUUGGAUGGGGAGGAAGAGCAGGAGCCACAGGAGGACGAGAACCGCCUGGACAAGUUCAAGGUGAGGCUCAAUGGGCAGCACGACCUGGAACAGCGAUUGCGGGACUUCAAGGCGGCCUGCGAGGCUCACGAGAAGCAUGCGAGGCGCCGACGCCGAAGGCGUUACUACAAUUUGGGCCUGGUGGCUAAGCUAGUGACGGAGACCACCCACGACGAGCUGCGUCGCAUGCUGGAGAAUGGCACCUACACCUUCCACAUCGAUACAGUGGCGAACAAGCCGGAUGAACUGCAGGCCAUUAUAGACACACUGAACGUGGCCAUUGCUGCUCAUACAGCGGAGAGGGAGCUCCGCCUGAUCACCGGCCUGGCGCUGGAGAUCAACGGCGAGUGCUGCCGCGUCGGUAGGCUGAGGAACAACUGCACCGUGAUGCUGGCCCGCGGAUCGGUGGUCACUCUCACCACUGACGAAUCCUACCGCUACAAGGGUUUCAAGGAGAUCGUGUAUGUGAUCAAUCUGCAGGCCUAUCUUUCCUCGGUUCGCCUCGGCGACAUCCUGAUGAUUGGACGCGAGGUAAGGGGUCGAGUGGUGAAGACUCUGCGCGAGGCUCUGGCCGUGAUGAUCAUCGAUGCCGGUCUGCUGGCCUCCUACGACUUCAUAGAGCUGCCCCGUCAGUGCCACGCCCUGGAUCCGGAGGUCUAUCCGGAUCUCUUCCAGAAGGACCUGGAGAUGGCAGUAGCGAUGAACGCCAACUACGUGGUGCUGCCCAAGAUCCGUUGCAAAAACUUCCUGCGUGCGGUGCGACAGAGCAUAAACGCUGGCUUGAAUCUAAAGCUGAUCGGCAUGAUAGACUUCGAGUACGUGCGUAGCAACAUGCUGGACCUGCUAGGCAUCAUCAAGCUGGUAGACUACAUUUGGAUACCGGACAUGUUCUGCGUCAGCUGCUGCGUCUACAACUACAUCAUGGAAGACGUGCUGCCCAUUUCGCAGUGCCAGAAGAAGCCGGUGAUCGGUACUGUGCCGCUGGAGCGCUGUAGUGACUUUAAGCGAUUCGAGCUGCACGAGUUCCUCUGGAAGAUCGACGCCAUACACAUCCAGAAGAGUCCGUGGUGUAACAAGUAUCCGCUGAUUGUCAAGAAGCUGAUGCCCGUCAAGGAUUAUCGCAUCGGGGUCGUCCAGAACCAGAUGGUGCUGAAGAACAUCCUCACCUCGUACCACGCAAUAGUCAACUUUAUCAUUCGCACCAUAAGCUCGAUCGAGUGCCAGGCCAUCUUUCUGUUCACCAAAUGCGAGACCGCCAGCGUGGCCCUGUCCCGCUCCGAGAUCUACUGCCCGGUGUACGUGAUGCUGCCGCUGGAGGACACCGACGACGAUGACAUAAUUGCCUGUAAGGUGCAGUUGUCCCGCGCCCUCCACCUGCGCCGAAAUAUGCACCCAGUUCUGUACACCAAGGAACUCAACGAGUGCAACUACAACCCGAUUGAGUUUGGUGUGGACUACAUGCGGAAGAAAGGCUGCCUGGAGGUCGGGGACUUUGUGGUCACACUAGAGGUGGGCAAGGAGGACGAAGAGAACGUGUCCUUGGGGAUUGGCGAUGACGUGUGCAUCCUGCGAGCCUUCUACGUGGCCCCGCUCCUCGCCUGCGAGAAGUUCAAAUACGGCACCUAACUUUCCGGCGUGCCGUUGUGCAGAUUCAGCGCUCAAAAGAUCUAAAUUAAAUGUAGAAAAGCCA